ACGCACACACACACACACACACAGACUGCAGCUUGCUGUAAUAAGCGCUCGUUUUGGGGGACUGAAACCUUCAGUGUGUGACCGCGCUGCGCGGAGCCGAACAACCAGUCGAGGAUGUCGCUGCACAAACCUGCCCUUAGGCGCAGCGCCUCUACAUUAGAGUCAACCAAUCGUGGCAGCCCUUUGGUGACUCCGCCCACAUCGCUCAAUCUCCGUUCCUCUCUCAAUCAACAAUUGGGCCGUGACAUCACAAGGGGCGGAGUUUCUUCAGAGACACUGGGUUCUGCUGUACCUCCAAAGAACCGCCAGAAAUACGCACUGACCAACUUGCAGAAUGCUAUGGGACUGGAUGGAAGUCCUGCCGCUGGGAGGGUUAAACCCGUUCCCACAAAGUCUGCCUCUUCCUCUGCCCUAUGUUCCUUUUCUCUAUCAUUUUCUCCAUCCAACCCCAAACUGGCAAAAAAUGGCACCAAUCUCCAGCUAAAGGAAACGCAAUUCGAUCUGAGUCGAAAAGACACAAACCGCAAUGACAUCACAGCUGAUUCCGGACGUGAUUGGCCAGAUGUUUUUGCCAAAGAUGACGAAAAGAACCUACCCUUUCGACGGAGGACAAAAAGUUUUUUGGAGUAUCACCGUGAAGAAGAAGAAGAGGAAGAAUCACCCGGAAAAGAAAUCCAGACUCCGGAUGAAGAGAAACCUAUCCUGCCCAAACUAGAGCUCCAAAACUGGGCCAAGGAAAAUCGUGUGGAGGCUCACCUUACGCUCCCUCAGAAUCACCUUCUGCUUCUGGCUAAUGAGGAAGAGGAAGAGCACCAAAGCCCUGUCCAUACCUACCUGAGCCCCGCCCACACCCCAGCGAAAAGUGUCAAAGAGGACAGAGGCAAAGAUAGUGGGCUAAAAGUUAUAUCAAAACUACAUUUUUCAGGAGAAAGGAAAGAGACUCCACCCACUUCCUUGCCUUUAGCUCGGUCUUUGGUCCCACCUAAUUCUCUGCCCAUGGUACCACUCAUUGUGGCACACCGAAAAGACAAACAGAUGGAGGAGGAAGAGGAGGAGGAGGAUGACGAUUCAAGUUGGACAACCUUAUCUCAGGAGAGUCCAUCUAUUGAGACACCACAGGAAACAGGACCGUGCAGUGACUCAGCACUUGCCCCUGUGUGGCAGAAGGAGGAUGAUGUGGCGUCUGAUGUUUAUCUCUGGCAAAACAACGCGCAACAAGAACAACCCAUAACCGAUAGCAAACAGGACCAUGAAGGUGAAGCAAGCUCACUGUGUGUGCCCUCAUCUAAAGCUCAGUCUGAGAGGCCAAGUAGUAUUGUGUCCGACAGUUCUGUGGAGCCCGUGCCUUCAUCUGCUGCCUCUUCACCCUCCUCGUCCUCAAUUUGCUUUGAAGUCACCGCAGGAAGCUUCCUUAAUAACAAUUACCUGGACCUGAAGGAGACCUCCGCCAGUCCCCCUUUCGAUUCCAGACAGAGCCAAAGUGAAAGAGUAGAGGAGCACCGAGAGCAAGAGUGUGUCGGAGCCCGCUGCAUGCCAUACAGCUACGUCAACCUGAGAUACAGCAGAACUAAGGUACCCGCUCCUCCUGCUGAUACAGUGAUCCCCAUCAAUGACUUCGAAACACACGUGUAUCGUGUGCGCUCCCUCGGCUGGAUGGAAGUCUGCGAGGCUGACAUGGCAUCUGGCAGCAUUGUGAUCAGCGACUGCAUUCGACUCCUCCAGCACUCCAACACACACUCUCACACAAACACACUUCGCCGGAGAGAAAGAGAAAGCGCCGGGGAAAUGGAGGAGGGAAAAGCCAUGCUGUUAGUGCUGCAGGACGCCACUCUGACCCUGAUCGAUCCUGUAGACCACACCCUGCUUCACUCUCAGCCAAUCGCCAGCAUUCGUGUCUGGGGAGUUGGGCGGGGCCACAGCAGGGAUUUCGCAUACGUGGCUCGGGAUAAAAACACGCACGUGCUAAAAUGUCACGUGUUCCGGUGUGAAAGUCCUGCAGACACCAUUGCUGCCAGCCUGAACAAGAUCUGCUCCAAGAUUAUGGCGGAGAAGAAGAACAGUAAAACAGCGAGCGGCUCGUCUCUGUCCAGCACCGACGUACCGCUACAAGUAGACUUUCCCACACCAAAGACGGAACUACAGCAGAAUUUCCAUGUUCUCUACCUGGGAAUGACCUCUGUGUCUCGUCCCAUAGGGAUGGACAUUAUAAACGGAGCCAUUGACAGUCUGCUGUCGUCCACGGGGAAGGAUGACUGGACUGCAGUGCUGCUGAAUGUGGAAGACGCGACAGUCAGUGUUGUCAAAGAGAAGGAGGAGGAAGAAGAAGUGCUGGUGGAAUGCCGUGUGCGUUUCCUGUCGUUUAUGGGCGUCGGCCGUGACGUGCACACGUUCGCCUUCAUCAUGGACACGGGCAACCAGCAUUUCCAGUGUCACGUGUUCUGGUGUGAGCCUAAUGCAGGGAGUGUGUCCGAAGCCGUGCAGUCCGCCUGCAUGCUGCGCUAUCAGAAAUGCCUGGUCUCUCAGAAAUCCUCGACCUGUUCCUCUCCAUCAUCUUCUGACUCCGUGACUCGCCGCGUAACUACCAGCGUGAAGCGCAGCGUCCAGUCCAUCAUAGACACUCUGAAAAAGAAGCCCACCCCUGAGAUGCCCCACCAAUGACGGUGCAGCUGGGCUACGAUCGCCGGCAGGACAUGUAAAUAAAAACGCCAAACUCUGUACAGCCAAGGAGAAACUAAUGAUUCAAAAGAAUAAAAACAGGAAGUGAAAAGGAAGAGAAGAUCCAUGGGUGAAGCUUCAGCUGUAGCUCUUUGAACUUUGUCCGUCUCUAGGCGCUCCCUGAAGCAUGCCUUGGACAAAAAAUACACAAUUACACUCAUUUUUAAGGCAACAGACACACAAUCACGAUGUGUUUGAGCUGUGGAUUACUCGGUUACCAUCAUGUUGAUGUCAGUGAAGACUUAUUUUCAUGUCCAUCAUAAUCGAGUCUAACUUUUCCGCCAUUGUGGUGUGCCAUUUCACCAUCUCGGCUGUUCUGAACGACUACGUCUCGGUGUGUUAACGCGAGUCUUGAUAAAAAAAAAAAACCUAUUCCUACUAUCAGGUUGAAAAUACAUGAACAUACUGUAACCUGGUGAAAUGGUGAAUCUGCCAGGUUUAGUCGGAGAACCGUCGACAAAUGAGUGAAGCGUUCUAUUUUCGGGGCGAUACGUUGCUCCAGGUCUCGGAUCUAUUCUUUUCUAAACAACUGAUAAAAUCCUCUCUUAGGUUGCAUUUAUGUAGCAUGUGAUCAUUUUUUUAAUUUUAGGAUUUUUUUUGAUGAUACGUCUCGUACACUGCUGUUCUUUCAGAGCCCCCUACUGGUAAAGUCUAGUGUAGUGUUUGUCCCGUUAGUGCUGCUGUAGUGCGAUAUUGUUUUGUUACACUUCUGAUCUGAAUCGGUGCGUGUCUGAAUUGCAGUAAUUACGAGAAGACGACCUGACAAACGGUCACACUGAUCGCUCUGAGAGCAAGAGAUUAGCUUAAUACUAUUAACAUACUCCACUACAGUUUUUACUUUGCACUGCACUAUUGGUGAUGUGGUUUAGAGUGUUUCAGUUUAAUUCUUUGACCAACACAUGAAUUAUUUCACAUAGUCAGAAAUUUCCACAAUCCCGACUUUUAAUUCCACAUUAAUGCUUCUUCCAGAACAUCCUUUCCAAUAGCCUUCAAUGUGACGUUAGUG